GCCGCGGUGCAGAGGUUCAUGCAGCGGCGGCGGCGGCCGCGGCGGCGGCGGCGGCGGCGGCGGCUGCCGCUGCCGCCGCGGAGGCAGACAGACCCGGCGCUGCCGCCGCCGCCGCCGCCCUCCCCCGGCUCCAUGCCGCCACCGCUGCCGCCUCCUCCUCUCCGGCGAGGGGCGGGGGGCUCCGGCCCGGGGUGGGCAUCACUCCUCGCAGCGCCGCUCCCCUCCCUGCCCUCCGCUCGGGCCCUGGAGCUGGCGGGGGCGCCCGCUGCCUUCUAGGAGCGCACGCUCUCCGCGCGCCCUGCGGGAGAGAGGGGGCGGGCGUGGGCGGGGGCGGGCGGGCGUCGGGCAGCCGGGACCCCGCAAGGCGGCGAGAGGAGGGGGCUGCCUCGGAGGAUGCCCGGCGGCGGCUCCCCGCUCUUAGGCGCGAGCUGAGCCGGACCCAGAGCGGGCGGCGCGUCGCCAUGCCGGUGUGACGGGCGCCCCCGGCUGCCCGCGCGGUCCCCGGCGCUGCCCCACGCCGCGCCGCGCCGGCGCCGGGCCGCAGGAUGGGCUGUAUCCAAAGCAUUACCUGCAAGGCACGGAUCCGGCGCGAGAACAUCGUCGUGUACGAUGUGUGCGCCACCAUCGACCAAUGCCCCACGCGCAUCGAGGAGACCUCGCCCAUCGUCCUGCGCUACAAGACCCCCUACUUCAAAGCUUCGGCCCGCGUGGUCAUGCCCCCCAUCCCCCGCCACGAGACCUGGGUGGUGGGCUGGAUCCAGGCGUGCAACCAGAUGGAGUUCUUCAACACCUACAGCGACCUGGGCAUGUCAAGCUGGGAACUGCCUGACUUGAGGGAAGGGAGAGUGAAAGCCAUCAGUGACUCAGAUGGGGUGAGCUACCCUUGGUACGGGAACACCACAGAAACUGUGACCCUGGUUGGCCCCACCAACAAGAUCUCCAGGUUCUCCGUCAGCAUGAAUGACAAUUUCUACCCCAGUGUGACAUGGGCGGUGCCAGUGAGUGACAGCAAUGUGCCGCUGCUCACACGGAUCAAGAGGGACCAAAGUUUCACUACCUGGCUGGUGGCCAUGAACACGACCACGAAAGAGAAGAUCAUUCUGCAGACCAUCAAGUGGAGGAUGAGGGUGGACAUUGAGGUGGACCCUCUUCAACUUUUGGGGCAACGGGCCCGCCUGGUGGGCAGGACUCAGCAGGAGCAGCCCCGGAUCCUGAGCCGGAUGGAGCCCAUACCCCCCAACGCACUAGUGAAGCCCAAUGCCAACGAUGCCCAGGUCCUCAUGUGGAGGCCCAAGCGGGGGCCACCUCUAGUUGUGAUCCCUCCUAAGUAGAAGCAGACUGGCCUGACUGUGUGUGGAGCAUAUGCCACUGAGACAUGCAGUGAGCCAGGGGUGGCAGGAGCCAAACUGAGUUUCUGAGCCAAAGCAGACCUCAUGGUUUGCCAGCCUUUGCAGCCACUUGUGAAGAGUAGAGCUGCUCCUUGGUUGGUAGAACCAUAGUCCUUAGGAAAAAUCCCUUCCUUUUAGGAAUAAAGAAAAUCGCUGCUCUGAAA